UAAAAGCACACCUUUCAUUCCACCUUUAGCCCACACCAUUUCACCUUCUCAUCUCCAAAACCACCAUGAAGACUCUCACACUCCCCCUCCUCCUCCUCCUCCUCCUCACCGUCGCCGCCGCCACCGACAUGUCCAUAAUCACCUACGACGAAACCCACGCCGUCGGUUUCAAAACCGACGACGAAGCCACGACUCUUUUCGAGUCGUGGCUUGUGACACACGGCAAGUCAUAUAACGCCCUAGGCGAAAAAGAAAAAAGGUUCCAAAUAUUUAAAAAUAAUCUCCGGUACAUCGACGAGCAGAACCUCGUCGAGGACCGGGGAUUUAAGCUAGGGCUAAAUAAGUUCGCUGACUUGACUAAUGAGGAGUAUAGGUCAAAGUAUACGGGGAUCAAAAGUAAGGAUUUGAGGAAGAAAGUGAGUGCGAAGAGUGGGAGGUAUGCUACACUUUCCGGUGAGAGCUUGCCGGAGUCCGUCGACUGGAGAGAGUCCGGCGCCGUUGCUACCGUUAAGGAUCAAGGGAGCUGUGGGAGUUGCUGGGCCUUUUCGACAAUAAGUGCAGUUGAAGGAAUAAACCAGAUAGCCACAGGGAAGCUGAUAACACUAUCAGAACAAGAAUUGGUGGACUGUGACAGAUCAUACAAUGAAGGUUGUAAUGGAGGUCUCAUGGACUACGCUUUUGAAUUCAUUAUCAACAAUGGCGGCAUUGACACGGAUGUUGAUUAUCCUUACACUGGUCGUGAUGGAAAGUGUGAUCAGUACAGGAAAAAUGCAAAAGUUGUGACUAUUGAUUCUUAUGAAGAUGUUCCUGCGUAUGAUGAGUUGGCAUUGAAGAAGGCCGCAGCAAACCAGCCUAUCAGUGUUGCUAUUGAAGCUAGUGGCAGAGAUUUCCAGUUCUAUGAUUCGGGUAUAUUUACGGGGAAAUGUGGGAUAGCACUGGACCAUGGUGUGGUGGUGGUUGGAUAUGGUACAGAAAAUGGUAAAGAUUACUGGAUUGUGAGGAACUCAUGGGGUGCAGAUUGGGGAGAGAACGGUUAUCUGAGGAUGGAACGCGGAAUUUCCUCAAAGACAGGCAUAUGUGGAAUUGCUAUUGAACCAUCUUACCCUGUGAAGACUGGCGUGAACCCUCCAAACCCUGGUCCAUCUCCUCCAACACCUAAGACACCUGAAAGUGUUUGUGAUGAAUACUAUACUUGUCCGAUGAGUACCACCUGCUGCUGCAUGUAUGAGUAUUACGGCUACUGCUUUGCCUGGGGUUGUUGCCCUCUCGAGGGGGCUUCCUGUUGUGAUGAUGGUUACAGUUGCUGUCCUCAUGAUUACCCAGUCUGCAAUGUCCGUGCAGGAACCUGCUCGAUGAGUAAUAACAAUCCAUUGGGAGUAAAGGCAAUCCAGCGCAUUCUUGCAACUCCAAACUGGCAACACGGAAGCAAAGGAAAGAAGGUUACUGCUUAAGAAGAACCACGAAGGGCCCUCGAGUAAUGUUUUCUGGGAAAACUGGAGCAUACAGCAGAGACAAAAUCACAACAGCAGAGUUAGUGAGGUUCCGGUAUGAACAUUAGGAACCGAGGGUCAAUAAUUGGAUACUCAGUUCGAGAUUUGUACAGUAUGAUGUUUGAUUUUCAGUAUUACAUUUGAAACUUAUUAUUAAUCCUGUAAAGUAAAUAUGUUUUAAUUUCUGCAGCCUGCACUAGCAAUUCAUGGCAGUCCUGAACUAAUUUAUAUAGUAAAUAAAUACAGGUUUGGUAUUGAACUA